AAAAAAAAAAAAAAAAAAAAAAAAAAAAUUGGUGAUUCUAUAUGAAAGAUAAGGAGAAAUUGAAAAUCGCUUUACUAUUUUUUUUAUAUGCUUAUGAAGCAGUGACUUACAAAUCUUUGAGGUUAAUUUAUUUAGCCAAAAAAUUUGUGUAAAUUACGUAUAAAUUAUGCAACAGAUACAGCAUUCGUCAACGUAAACAUUCGAUCACUUCAUACUGCUGCCCUUUUCGAAGAAAGUACGGUCGGUUGUGACUUAAUACAGUAUCCGCUCAUGCCAAACCUAGCAAUAACAGACUAGAAGUUGAUUGAGAGUCGAGUUGCAGGUUAAUAAAGUGAGUUAGAACUUGAAGUCCCGUUAAAACCUUUUUUAACAGCCAGGAAGCAAUAUGACAAACGAUAUGUCGACAACUAUAUCAAAGGUGAUUUUCAAUGAUCAUACAGAAUUGCAAAACUAUUACAAUUAUAUAAGAUCGUCAAAGGAUGCUGAUACUGCAAUACGCUGGCGAAAUCAAUUUGUAUGGGAGCUGGCCAGAUACUUGGUAGGAGAGGAAAUUGUCGUGUAUCCGAAACUCGCAAAAUACCUUGGAGAUUCCGGGCAAGAGAUGGCAGAGAAAAAUAGAAAAGAGCACCAAGUUAUCAAGGAGCAUUUGUAUAAACUUCAAUCAAUGAAGCCAGAUAACCCAGCGUUUGUUCCAACAUUGGAUGCUGUCAUGAGUCGUCUUCAGAAACAUAUUGAAGAGGAAGAAAACCUAGAUUAUCCUCAGUUAGAGAGAAAAAUGGGAGCUGAAAGAUCACAUAAAUUAGCAAAGACGUUUGAACGAACAAAAAUACUAGUACCUACGUAUAGUCAUCCAUCGGUUCCGAAUGGACCCCGUUUCGAAACAAUUGUUGGACUCUUUGCUACACCUAUCGACACUUUGCGUGAUUUGUUGCGAAAAUGGCCCUAAUUUAUAUUCGUUCUCUUUGUUUGAUUACGUGCAAUUUCAAUCUUUAGAUUUUUUUCUGAAACAGUAACAAUACUGAGCUUUUAUACAUUCUGACAUAAAUGUGUUUUAAACGAAAUGAAUUUUUCUACAUAAGAAGUUCAAAGUCGAAAAUCUAAAGUGCUUGAUAUUGGUUAUGUUUAGCCAUAUUCCGAUAUGAAGUCGACACUUAAAGGAAGAGGCCAACCCGGUUCUUAAAGAUUAGUCGCUUAUGAAGCGUUCGUGAAUAUCUUCAUAAAAUUAAAGAUGCUACUCACGACUUUACUUAUUUAUUUUUUCUCCUUCAAAUUUUGACUUCAAUCGAAAAACAAUAUCACACAAAAAU